AUGGAGGCGGCGGACGAGGAGCGGAGGGUGCCGGCUGCCUUCGUGGCCGCCCUGGGGCCCGAGGCCGGCGGCGCCGCGGCCGCGGUGCUGCCCGAGCGGCUGCAGCGGCGGGAGGCUGAGCGGCAGCGCGGCGUGGCGCGGCAGCGGGAGCUGAAGGAGGCGCAGGCGGUGCGGGAGGAGGGCAGCGAGUUCUUCGCCGCCGCCUUCGGCCGGGAGCGGGAGGCGGUGGAGGCGCUGCUGGCGGCGGGGCGGCCCGAGGAGGCGGCGGCGCGGCUGCAGGGGCUGCAGAAGCUGUUGACCGAGAGCGUGCGCUUCCUGGCUCCCUACGAGGUACGGCAGGGCCAGGAAGCCGUGUCCCGGCUGCAGGCCGACCUAGCGGCCUGGCGGCAACAGCUGCAGCCCAAGAAGAAGUUCGCCUUCCGCAGCCUGAAGAAAGAGGCGGCCCCGGGCGCCGAGCCGCGCCCCGCCGAACCCGAGGAGUCGGCCGAGCCGCCGGCCCCGGGCAGCGCCGAGGGGGAGCCGGGCGGGCCUCCGCUGUGCGGCUUCAGCCGCGCCGAGGAUCGAGAGCUGGAGCUGGGCCCGGAGGAGCUGCUGCAGCGCGACGUGGUGCUGGAGGAGCUGCGCGGCUGCCGGGUGCGGCUUCGCGGCAACCCCAACACGCUGCGGAUGCGCGAGUGUCGCGGCUGCACCGUGCUGUGCGGGCCCGUCUCCACCUCCGUGCUGGUGGAUGGCUGCAGCGAAUGCCAGCUGGUGGUGGCCUGCCAGCAGCUCCGCACGCAUCGCACCCGCGGCAGCCGCUUCUACGUGCAGGUGACCAGCAGGGCCGUCAUCGAGGACUGCAGCGAGGUGUCCUUCGCGCCCUAUGCAUGGAGCUACCCGGGCAUCGAGGCGGACUUCGAGUCGUCCGGGCUGGAUAGAAACAGAAACAACUGGAACCUGGUGGAUGACUUUGACUGGCUGGCGAGCGACAGGCCCUCACCCAACUGGAGCCUCAUCCCCGAACAAGAGCGCGUCAGCUGCUGGGACUGACCGCGAGCGAUGGAGCCUGCCGGCAACGUGCUGAUCCGCAGGCGGGAGGGCUUCAUCCCUACGGGCCGUAAAAUGAUUGUGGGUGGUGCUUCAGUGGGGAGUUACAGCCUGUGGCUGGUUGCUCUCCUUGAAAAAUUUCACUCGGAUGUAGUUUACUAUUACUAAACUUGCUGCUGUAAUCUGUAUGUAUCGCUGUUGGGUCGGCCAACUGCUGCAGUACCUCAUUGCUGAAUUUCUUUAAUUAAAAUGGGGCUGGGGGCACCGGUAUUCACGUGGCAGCAGUCCUUGAUUGGAGCUGCUGUGCUGCUGUCACUUAGCCAGGAAGAAUCCGAGCUCCCUGCUAGUGCAAGCUGUAGUCAACUGAAAAGAGGGAAUGCCAAAUCUGUCCCAUUUCUGUGGUGAAGCAAUUGCAGACUGCUGUUACGGAUAUGGGGAAGGGAGAUAUUCAGUGAAGCAGCAAACAGAGGAUUAAAGAGAGGGAGUUUGUACAUGGGUACUGUAUGUCAGGUGAAUCCUGGGCCGCAGUGCGUCUGGGACCCAGGUUCUGCUGUGUGGGUGACAACUGUUAGUCAGACUUCUAUUUCAAGGAAAAAAAGGUUAAUGAAAAUGUAAUGUUCUUCUACUGUAUUAAUGAUUGAAAUCUAUCUCUAGAAGGUAGAUAAAUACUGAACAACAGCAGUCUCAAAAUAUGCUAGAGGAAGCUGCUUCUGUAAACAGCAGGAACCCGAAUAAGAUUAGAUUUGUAUGGCCUGAGAGGUACACGCAUUGUUUGCUGACAGACAUGACAAGUUUCAGGGCAGCAGUGUUCAGACAUGUCCCAGUGGUUGGUUUUUCUGCUGGCAGCCAGUGAGCUUUGCUGUGAUCAUAGCUCACAGCACUGCCACUGGCUAUCGUGUGCGGUGCUGACAGAGGGACUUCAUAAAAAGUGAUAACAAAGCACAGUAUUUGGGUUCCAGAAUAACAACUUGCAUAAAGGCCCUUGGUGCACA